AGGCCUUUGCUCAGAAUAUUAUCCGUUUUCUGCCUGGUUAAUACUGCAAUCACUCUUGUACUUUCUGCGCUGUUGCCUAAUCCUGCCCUGUCCUCUUCGUAAUCGGCAAACGUAUUCAGUAUUUUUGCGACGUAACGAUUUAUAGUAGGCCUUUGCUCAAAGUAUUAUCUAUAGUCGCCUAGAAAAAACAUACUGCAAUUACUUCUCUCGCUUUAUCCGCAGAAUUGAGAUUGAGGGAGAAAACCUGACCGUUGAACUUCCCAAAGUCUUCACAUUGCUUCCACCCGACGACUACCUUCCAUUUCCCAUCCUUUCCACUUAUAUAUUGUUCAUCUUUGGCGUCCUAGAGUGAAUAAACCAAUCAAAGACAAAAUUUUAUUGUCAUUAUGGCGGAUAAUAAUGAGAUAUGGAUUAGCUGCCAAGCUGGAAGUGUCGCUCCAGUGUCCCUCUUCGCCCACUCUCACGUGCUGUCCGCCCUUCCGACAUUCAUGAAUCUGCCCCGCACACGACUGGCGGGGUCAACGAUACAGCAACCAGCGAGCAAUAUGAGUUCAUCAGUCGUCAGCUUCCUUUUUCGCGAUGGCUCAGUUGAUUCUGUUUCUGUCCGCGACAAGGGACAAGUUAUCGAUACGCGAAGAAAGUUCAUGGUGGACGGCUGGAUUGUGAUGCAAAAUCAAACUUUCCUCGAUGCCACAAUAGAGCAGAGGCAAAUCGAGCAUAAUGAUGCCGUUAAGCAGUUUCUCCGGGUGGACGAAGGCACAUAUCUUCCGGGCCGUUUUCGAAAGCGCGAAAUGAAUAAAAGCAACAGCCUCUUCGUGCCAUCCAGCGGUUUGCCCGAUCUUAAACUCAUCAACGUGUUUCACCUCGGUGGUCAAAGCAAUUCUACUUGGAUAUUCGAAUAUUUCACUCCAAACGAACACUUACGGAAAAGCGUUUUGCUAAGCGGAACCGAUAUCAUCUGUGUUGCGGGAUGGAUGAAGGACUGGAGAAUACCUUACAUUCAAGGACAGGCCGGAAUUUUGGCCGAGAUAGUAUAUUUGCAACAACGACCGUUUGAUUGACUAGGGAUGUGUAGUACUUCCGCUCAAGAAACAUGGAGACAUCAGACGGAUCCGUUACAAGCCGGUGAAUACGGUAGUAACCAGGAGUCUAUAUCCCCAUAAUACCCUAAAUCGUAUUGCAAAUGUCCGUCACCGCUGAUAGAAUAUUGC